AUGGCCAUGGUGACCGGGGGCUGGGGCGAGGCGGCGGGCGGCGGCGGCGGCGGCGAGAGCAACGGCCUGGAGAAGGGCUACCCCCGGCCCGCAGAGGACGACUCGGCCUCCCCGCCUGGCGACCCGGAGCGCGGCGGGGGCCUGGAGGAGGAGAGGGCGGGGGCGGCGCCCGUGGACUGCGUGGUCUGCGGGGACAAGUCGAGCGGGAAGCACUACGGCGUCUUCACCUGCGAAGGCUGCAAGAGCUUCUUCAAGCGCAGCAUCCGCCGCAACCUCAGCUACACCUGCAGAUCCAACCGGGACUGCCAGAUCGACCAACAUCACCGCAACCAAUGCCAAUAUUGCCGGCUGAAGAAGUGCUUCCGUGUCGGUAUGAGGAAAGAAGCCGUCCAGAGGGGCCGUAUCCCCCCCAGCCACGCCAGCGCCAGCCCCAAUGCGGUGCAGAGCGGGGACUACUACAACGGGCAGCCGGUCUCGGAGCUGAUCUCGCAGCUGCUGCGGGCUGAGCCCUACCCCAGCGCCCGCUUCAGCUCCCAGUACGCCCAGCAGGGCAGCGUGAUGGGCAUCGACAACAUCUGUGAGCUGGCCGCCCGGCUGCUCUUCAGCACGGUGGAGUGGGCGCGCAACAUCCCCUUCUUCCCUGAGCUGCCCGUCUCGGACCAGGUGGCCCUGCUGCGGCUGAGCUGGAGCGAGCUCUUCGUGCUCAACGCCGCCCAGUCCGCGCUGCCCCUCCACAUGGCGCCCCUGCUGGCCGCCGCCGGUUUCCACGCCGCCCCCAUGUCCGCCGACCGGGUGGUCUCCUUCAUGGACCAGAUCCGUAUCUUCCAGGACCAGGUGGAGAAGCUCAGCCGGCUGCAGGUGGACUCGGCCGAGUUCAGCUGCCUCAAGGCCAUCGCCCUCUUCACGCCAGACGCCUGUGGCCUCUCAGACCCGGCCCACGUGGAGAGCCUCCAGGAGAAGGCGCAGGUGGCGCUGACGGAGUACGUCCGCUCCCAGUACCCCUCCCAGCCCCAGCGCUUCGGCCGGCUGCUCCUGCGGCUCCCUGCACUGCGGGCCGUCCCGGCCUCCCUCAUCUCACAGCUGUUCUUCAUGCGCCUGGUGGGGAAGACGCCCAUCGAGACCCUCAUUCGGGACAUGUUGCUCUCCGGCAGCUCCUUCAAUUGGCCCUACGGGACGGGGCAGUGAGCCCGGACAGGCGGCUGGACGCUGAGCCCGGAUGUCCGUUUGCAGCCACCCCUCCCUCCGGCCCUGACCGAGACUUUGGAGGAGGGGCAGUUUGGCUUUUUUGGGACCCCUUUGGGAGGAGUGAGGCUGGAGAGCCCCCCAUCUGUGGCUGAGAAUGAAGCUCACCCCCCAAUGCCAAGAGAGACCCAAGGUGGGACCGCUUGGCUUCGUCUGUUUCUCCUGGGUUGCACGCCAGCCGUCUCUGUGCCACAUGAAGCUGGAGGAGGAAGAGGAAGGAGGAGGCCUGAGGGGUUGGGGGGGGGGCUCUGGACCCCUCCCCCUCCUGGUUGGUUCUUCCCAGCAUUCGCAUCAGCAUCUUGAAAGGGGUCAGGAGAAGAUCUGCCACAUUUCUAACCCCCCCUCAUUUCUGCCCUCCGGUGUGGGGGACGAGGAGGGUCCCCAAACAGGUGGGCAAGUUGAGAGUGCUUGAAAAGGCCCCCUUGGAAGUGGGGGGAGGGGGACAGCUGGCUUACAGCUCCCCUUUUGCAGCUGCAAAGGGCCCUUUUAAGGAGGGGCCCCGUCCUGCCCCAUUUGGCAUGGUUUCCUCAUGCAGUUUCUCCACACACACACCCAGGACCGCCAUCAAAGAUUGCCCUCCCGAGGAAGCCCCAAGGCUUUGUCUGAAUGCUCCCAGGGCAAAUGUGUGUGUGUGGGGGCUGCCCUUCUGUGUUGGGCCUGGCAUUCGGCUCUGGGCAGCUGGCGGCAUCAGCUGAAUUGUGGCCCCUGCAUUACAGAGUUUGGGGCCCUUGUGAAGCGGGCUGCAGAGAGAGGCGGGGAGUGUCCUGGCAUGUGCCCGACCUGGAUCUUGGCCUUCCCCAGCAGUGCUCCUCCCUCUCCCAGGGGGCCUGUGCCCCUUUGGGCAGGGACAGCCUCUACCUGGGCAAAUCCCCCUGAAGAAACCCUGGUGGGAAAUUGGUCCUGCCAGUUAGAUGCUUGUUGCUCCUCUUCCUCGCCUCCCCCUGCCCACAUUUUAAUUUCUUCCUCCUCCUUUUAAAAACCCAGUGGAAAUUUCCCCCCCCCCCCAAAAAAAACCACCAGGCUGUGCCAGCUCCCACGUUUGUGAAGAUGCUAUGCAAGAGGUUGGCCUGCAUGCCCCGGCCAUCCACACGUGGCCUCCCUCCUCACCCGCCCUGGUGUUCCCGUGACCUUCGCCGGAAGUCCAUUCGGCAAACAUCUGUUUGAUCACUUUGUGGCCUUUUUUCCCCCCUCUUUUUUUUCUCUUCCCUUCUGCUUUCCCCUCUCCGUGUGUGUGUAUAUGACGGUGUGAUGGAAAUUCACCAUUAAACCCGUUUUGCAGACAGAGGAAACUUGAGGCCAUGAGGCCGGCUUUUCUUCAGUCGCCGAGAGUGGUGGGACUCGAUCUCAGGUCUCAGAAGUCUAAAGUACCGACUGUAAUCUAUGCAAACUUUCUCUCUCUCUCUCUCUUUCCCCCCUCCCCUCUCCAAAUUCCCGAUCAAGGAAGCGCCACUUCUGUGCUUGGAAUAAAAAUAUUUGGGUAUCAGAUGUGAUUUAUUU